UUGAAACAGUUAGCACGCGCAAGUCCGCCGCUGCGCAGGGCGACGAUUGUUUAGCCGUGGAAUUCAGGGGGUAGGCUUACUUGUCAUGGCUUUGAAGAGGAUCAACAAGGAGUUGCAGGACUUGGGAAGAGAUCCUCCUGCCCAAUGUUCAGCGGGCCCUGUAGGAGAUGAUUUAUUCCACUGGCAGGCUACAAUUAUGGGACCCCCUGACAGCCCCUACCAAGGUGGAGUGUUCUUCCUCACCAUCCAUUUCCCAACAGACUAUCCAUUCAAACCACCCAAGGUAGCCUUUACGACGCGAAUCUACCACCCAAACAUCAACAGCAAUGGGAGCAUUUGCCUGGAUAUCUUGAGGUCACAGUGGUCCCCAGCUCUAACAAUAUCUAAAGUUUUGCUUUCCAUUUGCUCGCUGCUGUGUGAUCCCAACCCGGAUGACCCCCUGGUUCCAGAGAUAGCCAAGAUAUACAAGACUGACCGAGAAAAGUACAAUGACCUAGCAAAGGAGUGGACCAGGAAGUAUGCCAUGUGACUCUAAUAAGGAUUUUUCCUGGCUUUUUUUUUUUUUUUCAACAUUCUUUGUAUCCCCUGGAAAAAGGGGACUUAAAAACCCUAUGGUAGUGCAAAGAGAAUGUCAGCCACUGCUUUGGAAGUCUGUGCUUUGUGUAAAUAAAAUCAUCUUUUACA